AUGAUGUUUCACUUCUAUCACCUCCCCCUCGCCAUCUUAUUCUGGUCGUCAACAGUGCUAAGUGAUGCCCCAUGGAUAAACGACUUUGAAGCCUACAAUGUUGAAAGGAAAUGGGGUAACACUCCGUCGCAAGCCUACAAAUCGUCACCGGUAACUUCGCCAUUAUGGCAAGUCAGCACGUUCGAGAAAGAACUCAUCGAUGUGAAUACCCCGUAUAUUUUCUUAACCACCCAAAAUCAAACGGGAUUUUUCUCGACUCUGAUUUUCAGGUCUGAUGAUCUGAGUUUGGUGUAUGCAAAUUCUUCUCGGAUUACCACUGCCAAUUUCCGUGUACAGAAGUACAUGGGAUCAUCCUAUCUCACCCACUGGACGGGCAAUUUCACCGGCGGGCAUGGAAAUGGUCACGUUUACUUCCUCGACAAUCACUAUCGUUUGAAUCGGAGAGUCAGCACCUUUGGGAUCUCCUCGCAGGCCGACAUGCACGAGUCCCAAAUGACUGAUGAUGGGACAUUACUAGUGUCUACAUAUAUCGAUAAACCUUUCGAUCUACGCCCAGUCGGCGGACCAGCGAACGGAACUCUCGCAGACAGCUGUUUCCAGGAAAUUGAUCUAGUCACCGGAGAGUCUCUGUUCCAGUGGUGUGCCUCCGAUCAUUUCAAGCCUCAGGACUCAUACGCCAAAUACCAGAAGAACACAUAUGGUGGUGCAGCUGGCGGUGGCGGACAGGGUCUCAGUGUAGGCUGGGAUUUCUUCCACCUCAACAGCAUUCAGAAGUAUAAUGGCAACUACCUUGUCAAUGGACGCCUUCUUAAACUAGUGACCUACAUCAGUGGGGCCACUGGUAAUCCUAUUUGGAAACUCGGGGGUAAAUUGAACGAGUUCAAAGACCUAUCAGAUGGGCAGGCGACAAAUUUCGGCUUCGAGCAUCAUGUUCGAUUUCGGUCGGCAGAUCACUCUCAACUUACGCUUUUCGACAACCACGAGCUGGAGUUGAACUUCAACUGCACGACCAACUGUUCACGCGGCCUUCAUCUCUCACUCGACUUUGAGAAGAAGACCGCACGGCUGGUGGAAAGUCUCCUCCACCCGGAUCAUUUGACUACUGCUGCCAUGGGAAGCGUGUCCAUCCUUGCAAACAAUAACACUCUUGUGGGCUGGGGUCUGAACGCUGGCCUCACAGAACAUUUGCCCGGUGGCAAGUGCGUUUUGAAUGCUCAAGUGGCUCCCUUCGCCCAAAAUAUUAUGAGCUAUCGAAUCUGGAAGGAUUCAUGGAUAGGCUUGCCCACUUGGUCUCCUACACUUACAUUCGAGAACGACACGUUUUAUGUCAGUUGGAAUGGUGCGACGGAGGUCGCGACCUGGAGAUUGGCGCAGGCUGAUAACUCUGCUAUGCUCAACUCUACCUCCAGACUUGUCCCACGUGCCGGUUUCGAGACAGCAAUGGGUGUCGAGAGAUCAGCCAUGUUGCCCAAAUAUGCUCAGGCAGAAGCUCUUGCAUCAGAUGGAACCGUCCAAGGCCGGUCAGCAGUGCUGGAGGUGGCCUCUGGGAGAAACAUCCUAGCUGGAAACGGCUACCAAAUUCAAGGAUGA